AAUAUAAAUCAUUAGCUAAUUUAAAAGCAAAUAGAAUUGAUUUAUUUUGAAUUCGGACGUAACUUAUAAUCUUUUACUUCUUUAAAAGAUUGUAAUACAUUUUCAAAAUUUAUCAACUUGCAGCCAAAGUGAAGUUCAAACAUUUAAUUGUAUUAAUUUUCAUUGUGUUGUUGUAUAAUUCCCAAAUCUUUACGCGGACAGUUUCAAGUGUAAAACGACAAUUUGUAUCUAUAUUAUUUGCAAAUAAGAUGUCAUCAAACGCAAUUGUUGUUGGAACUGGUUUAGCAGGUUUGACAACUACUCUUGAACUUUUAAAUAAAGGAAUUUCAGUAACUCUAAUUGAAAAAACUGGGAACUUUGGUGGGAAUUCAAUUAAAGCAUCUUCAGGGAUUAAUGGAGUACCAACUCAAUAUCAAAAUGAUAAGGGGGAUACUGUAGAUUUUUUCAUUGAUGAUAUUCUUAAAUCAGGUAAAGGAUUAUCGAAUAAGGAUUUAGUAGAAGUUCUUGCACGAAACUCUCGGGAAGCCAUCAAUUGGUUAACUGGGGCUGAUAAUGGAAUUGAUCUUUCUUUAGUGAAUCAAUUAGGUGGACAUUCACAUGCUAGAACUCAUAGAGGUUCAGGUAAGUUACCACCAGGAUUUGCAAUUAUAUCUGCAUUAACUAAAAAAAUUGAACAAUUAUCUUUAGAAUCAGAUAAAUUAACGAUUUUGAAAAACUCUCGUUUAGAUUCAAUUCUUAAUGACAAGAAUAAUAUUGUAAAGGGAAUUGAAUAUAUUACCGAAGGUGAUACAGUUAAAAAAUCACUUAAUAGUGAUAUCGUUGUAUUGGCUACUGGUGGAUUUUCUGCUGAUUUUACUAAAUCUUCAUCUUUACUUGCUAAAUAUAGACCUGAAUUAAUUGAUUUGCCUCUGACAAAUGGUCAACAAACCACUGGAGAUGGUCAAAAGAUUGCUCACAGAGAUGUGAAUGCAAAUUUAAUUCAUAUGGAACACGUUCAAAUCCAUCCUACUGGAUUUAUCCAAUUACAAAAGGAUCCAAAUGCAAAAUGGAAAUUUUUAUGUGGUGAAUUAAUGAGAGGAAUUGGAGGUGUAUUAAUAUCACCAGAAACUGGUUCAAGAUUUAUAAAUGAAUUAAAUACUCGUGAUAAAGUUACUGAAGCUAUAGAAAAUAGCUGCAAAAUCCUGCAUAAUGAACUUGGUAUUAAUCCAAACAGUCAAGUUGCAUUAAUUGUUGUAAAUAAGGAAGAUUAUUUAAAGGCAACUAAUCAUAUUGGAUUUUAUAUGUCUCAGGGGUUAAUGUAUAAAUCUACUAUAUCAGGGUUACAAGAGGUAAUUACCAAACUAAAUCCAAAUGUCUCUAAAAAUGCAAUUUUACAAACUUUAACUGAUUAUGGUAAUUUAAUUAAAUCUCAAUCUGAUGACGAUAUAUUUGGACGCAAAACUUUUGGUGAUGGAUUUGAUUCUAUCUCUUUAGAUACUGAAGUUUAUUAUGGCUUGGUUACUCCAGUUUUACAUUUUUCAAUGGGAGGAAUUGAAAUCAAUAAAUUUGGUGAAGUCUUUAAUGAAAAGGGUGACAUUGUUAAGAAUCUUUUUGCGGUUGGUGAAGUUAGUGGUGGUCUUCAUGGAUAUAAUAGAUUAGGUGGUAAUUCUUUAUUAGAGUGCGUGGUUUUUGGAAAAGUUGUUGCAAAGAGAAUUCAAGAGAUUUUAAAUUGA